AUGUUGUACGUGGGAAGCCGAAUGGAGAGAUCUCGUGGAAACGACGGGCUCACCUACAUCUGUCAAUCAUGUGACAGACCAGAUCAAGCAGAACAGCGAAUGAUCGCUUGUGACAACUGCCGCAAGUGGCAGCAUCUGAGCUGUGCCGGAGUUGAUAUCACGAUCGACGAUUAUUCGAACUUUAGGUUCACCUGCAAAGGGUGCAGAGUCAAGGCCGCAUCCGCGAAGGGAGGAUCCCUUCUCAGAAUUCCUACAACGGACAGAUCAACACGAUCUUCUACCAGAAAGGGCGCAAACGUUCUUAGUCACAUAUCAAGUGAACGUUCUGUGCUCGAGGCGCAAUUGAAGGUGGAUGAAGAGCAGCAGCAGCUUGAGGAACGAGAGUUGCAAGAGCAGGUGGAGAUUCAACAACGCGAAAUAGAUGAAGUUCAACGCAGUCUGGAAGAACGGAAGAGCUUGCUGGAAGCGAAAAGACAGCUUAGGGAGCGCCAACUGGCCAUGGACAAAGAGGCUCAAGCUCGGCAACAGCAGAUAAGGAAGGAAUCCCUAGAAAAGAAGAGUGCUCUGAUUCGUCAGAUGGCGGAAUCCAGUAGCAGAUGUGGCUCGCUAGGUGGUUCGACCGCGGAUUCCAACGACAAGGUAGCAAAAUGGUUAAAAUCCGCCGCAGAGGUGCCAAAUCGUGUACCCAAGGAUUGGCGAGCUAAUAAUUCGAUCCGUACAACGCUUCCUCAGGACCAAUACCAGCUUGGGGAACGCCUUCCAUCUCCGUGCCGACAGUCACGCGCUGCUUCUCUUCCGGCGAUGAUUCGCCUCGAAAAGGAGGUGGAACAGCUCUCAAUACACGAUAAUAAUUCGUUGCACGAAGUAGGCCACCCAUCACCCCCGCCUUUGCUCGAGCGCAGCAUAACCAUUCAAGAGGCGGGCUUUGUAUGA